AUGGACACUAAAUAUGAAUACGUGGACGAAACGUCCAUCCCACCAUAUUUGAUUUGUAGUAUUUGUCAUUCACCUUUUACCGAUCCACGAUGUACUCCAUGCCAUGAUACAUUUUGUCGCAACUGUAUUACGCGUUGGAUUCUCAAUGAACAACCUUCUUGUCCUCUCGAUCGAAGUGCUCUGACAAUCAACACACUUACACAGGCUCCACAUGUUCUACGCAAUGUGCUUGAUGAACUUCGAGUGAAGUGUAAAGUUUGUGGACAAGCUGAUUUGCAACGAGGCAAAUUUGAUGAACAUGUUCAAAGAAUGUGUCCGAAAACAGCUGUUUCCUGCCCAGCCUCAACUAUCAGAUGUCCAUGGACAGGACAUCGAGAUCAACUCAAUCGACACAUAAGUCAUUGUCACUUUGAACCAGUAAGACCUGUUAUCACGCAACUUAUGAACGAAAAUCAGCAACUGAGAGAGCAAAUAAAUCAACAGAAUACUCAACUAACUAUACGACAAAAUGAAGUUGACCAUCUUAAAGAACUAAUAGAUCAACAAAUUACUCAGAUCGACGCACAUCAAAAUGAGAUUAGACAAAACCAUACGCAAUUAGAUCAACAAACAAUAAAAUUAGAUCAACAAGCAAUAGAAAUAGCUAGACAGCAGCGGGACAAUCAAAGAUUUAAGGAGCAAACAGUACAGUUACAAGCAAAUGCUGUUACAUAUCAACGAGAGCAUGGUGCCAAAGCAAAAGCGCUAAAAGAAGCUCAAGUCGCUUCGACAUCAUUUUUUUGCUGUAUUAUUCUUGCUUUGCUUCUUACUAUUGGUAUUUCUUUUACUGUUGUUGGUGCCCGUCAUGGUAACGUUAAUACUGGUGCUCUUCUUGUUAUUGGCAUUAUUAUUGUAGCUGGUAUUCCUUUUCUUUGUCUUAUAUGCAUAAAUCGUCUACUCAAGAAUGAAUAUCCUUUGAAUGGUGCAGCUGCUGAAAAUAUUGCCUUGAAUUCUGGCCGAUCUGCACAAUAUACUGUCAAUCAAUGGAUGAAAUCGCCUAAGCACCGUGCCAGCAUUCUCAAUCCUAAGUAUAAUCAGGUUGGCAUUGGUGCUAGUCAAAAAAAUCAAAAGAUUUGGUGGACAAUGUUGAUGGCAAGAGGCUCUGAUAAAUGUGUACUCCCAAAAAAAUCUUAA